AUGAAGCAAAAACGUGGCAGUCGGCUGUUAAAUGGGUUGGGUCUAAUUGUAGCACUGUGGGUAGGGUGGCUAUCCGUGUGUCCUCCGUUUGCCCACGCGGAAUAUAUACCGCCCGGACCGAAAUAUAAAUGCCCGGAAAAAACUAAGCUCAUCUACCCUUGCGUCUGCACCCACGGUACCGACGAUGGGCUAUACAUCCAGUGUGAAAACUCCAACCUGGCCAGCCUCUCCGUGGCAUUCAUCAACCUGGCCAGCACGAACGUACCGAUCGUUCAGCUUCGCUUGAAGCGAUGCAAAAUCAAGAAUCUGUUCGGAACGCUACUCCACAAGCUGUCGGUGAAACACCUGUACAUGACCGAUACACCGCUCGCCAGUAUUGCUGAUCACGCAUUUUACGGCAUCAACGAUACACUGCAGGAGCUUCAUCUGGUGCGCACCGAGUUAACACAGUUCCCAACGGCCGCACUUAAAAUACUGGGCCUUCUCAAAGUUCUCAACAUCGACGGACAUCGGAUCGAAACGCUACCGAAAGGAUCAUUUGCUGGGGCACAGUUCGAGUUCAGCCUCGAGAAGCUCCACCUGACCAACGGUCCACUUGGCGAGCUGGCAGCAGACAUAUUUGGUAGCUUAAAGAAAGUGAAAACACUCGAUCUUCAUGGCAAUCAGCUGACGGCGUUGAAGAAGGGUCAAUUUAAGGGAAUGCGGGAGGUGGAGAUACUCGAUCUGAGCUUCAACAAUCUCACCAAACUAGACGCUACCCAUGUAUCCGAUCUUACCAAGAUGACUUGGUGCAACGUCUCCAACAAUGCACUGACAGAAAUUACAAGAGGCACAUUUGCACGGAACACGGUACUGCGCGUAGUAAAUAUGGCCGCCAAUGCAAUACGAAAGAUUGAUGCAAACACAUUCCGUGGGAUGCGAUUCCUGCGACGGCUCUACCUGAGUGACAACAUGAUCAGCGAUGUUGGGCGCGGAACGUUCGGAUCGGUCACACGUAUCGGGACGAUCGAUUUGGCCCGUAAUCGCAUUAAGAAAGUGGACUAUCAAAUGUUCUUCCAGCUGAACUAUGUUGAGUUGAUCGAUCUGGCGGAAAAUGAAAUUACGGAAAUUCAGAAGGAUGCCUUCAAAGAUCUCUACCUGACGCACAUCAACAUUUCGCACAAUCGGCUCGAAACGAUCGAAUCCAAAUCGUUCAUCAACUGUGCCAACAUGACGGUGCUCGAUCUGUCCCACAAUCUCAUCCGCGCGAUCCCACGUACCGCGUUCGACGAAACGACGUACGCGACGGAAUGGAUCGUGACGCACAAUUUGCUAACCAACAUGACCCAGCUCCCGCUGUCCAACAUGACCGGGUUGAAGAUCCUGAACGUAUCGUACAACAAUCUCGUCGAGGUGCCGAAGAAUACCUUCCCGAAGCUGUACGAGCUGCAUACGAUCGACCUGUCGCACAACAACAUUUCGCACAUCUACAAUGCCGUCUUUCAGAAUCUUCUCUCACUGCGCAACCUCAACCUGAGCUACAAUGCGCUGGAAAAGAUCGGUCCGUCCACGUUCGGCACACUGCCAACAUUGCUCGACCUGGAUCUGAGCUACAACCGUCUGCGUGAUAUAACGCGCGGUGCACUCGCCAAAACGACGGGAUUAAGAUUUCUGCACAUGCAGUACAACAAGCUGGAGAAGGUGUUCCAGAUACCGAUAUCACUGAACGAGCUGAAUCUGUCCCACAACGAGAUCGCCGAAAUACCGGAGAAAACGUGGCCCACCAUGAAUUCGCUUCUAGGGCUCGACCUGAACCACAAUCGGUUGGCGAACAAUCUCGUACGGGGUAGUUUUGCCGGUCUGCUGACACUGCAGCGUCUACAUCUGGAGUCGAAUGGUAUCUCCACCAUACCGAAGGAUAGCUUCUCCGACCUUGGCACCAUGCAGUACCUCUAUCUUGCGCACAACAACAUUACCGAGCUGCCGAAAGGUGCGUUCGGAAGUUUGCCCAUUCUGUUCGAACUGCAGCUCACCAACAAUGGACUGGAGAGUGUUGCCGAGCGUGCCUUCGAUGGACUGCUGCAGCUACUGACGCUUAACAUGUCUAACAAUGUGCUACGCUCGGUACCGAACGGAGCAUUCCUGGGGUUGGUUUCGUUGCGACGACUCGAUAUGUCCCACAACUUGCUCAGCUCCUUGGACAACAAGACACACGGUUUGCUGGACGAUUGUCUCAGUCUGGACGAGAUCAAUCUUAGCCACAAUCGCAUUAGCUUCGUGACGCGAAAGACAUUCCCAUCGGAUCCAUACAUUCCGUACCGGUUACGAUCGGUCGACUUAAGCUACAACACCAUGUCCAUCGUAACGGGUGACAUGAAGGUUGGCACCGGCACGGUACACCAGCUGAAUCUGUCCCACAACAACAUUAAAGACAUCCGACCGAACGUUCUCGGCAAUCUGACGUCCCUCCGGGUGCUGGAUCUGUCCCACAACGAACUGUCCAAGCUGGAGAACGAGGUCUUUAGAAUGCCAGUAAACUUUACCACACUGUAUCUCCACCACAACAAGCUGUUCAAUGCGUCCUACGAGGCGUUGCUGCAGCUGCGCAACCUAACCUUGCUCGAUCUGCGUUCGAACGAGCUGACGCGCUUUGAACCGGAGCUGGUGCGCAAGAUGAAAGUGUCCAAUCUAACUGUGGCGCUCGGUGGCAAUCCUCUGCGGUGCGAUUGUUACAUGCGGCCACUCUUCCAUCACCUCCGGUUGCUACCUUCGAUCGGUGAUCUUUACCGGGAGCUAGAGUGUGCCGCCCCGAACUCGCUGGCCGGUGAACGUCUGUACAAUGUGACGGACGAGCUGUUGGCGUGUGUUCCGGCCGUUGAAGAUGAUGCGUUCCGACCGCUGCCGGAUCUACGGUUCCGUGAGAUUGCAUACUUCCGCGGGCAGCUGGUGGUGAACUGGUACGUGGCAGCAUCGUCCGAUGUCGCCGAUUUCUAUGUCUACAUACGUGACCGCGCGAAUCACAUCAUUGUCGAGCGGACGGUAGCGUACAGCAGCCGGUCAUUAGCGAUCGAUGGUAAUGACAUCCGGCCACAGAGUGAUCCCCAGCUGGAACUGUGCGUGUUGGCGAAAUCUAGUGACGGUGCGAUCAACUUCCUCGACAGCCAGUGCAUACCACUGCCGGCAGAUCUGGAUGCAGUGAAGCGGCAGUACAACGCACAGUACAACUACAAGUACCCGCUCAAUCUGGCCAAGGCCAGCGCUCGAUCGCGGGCGAGCAGUGAUAUACGCGCGGGCACAAUCAUUCCACCGCUCUUGCUCUGGCUGUUUGCUGUCGGCUAUCGGAUGCUCUAA